AUGGCGUUAGAGGGAAUAGAUGGAGGUGAAGAUGGUGUAGAAACUGGAGGUGCUGGUGCAUACAUCAAAUCUUCGCAUUCCAGAGUCCGCCGUGACUGGAGUGGUCCUGGUGGUGGAGGACCUGGUGGUGCUGGUGCAUACAUCAAAUCUUCACAGUCCAGAGUCCGCCGUGACUGGAAUGGUCCUGGUGGUGGAGGACCUGGAGGUUAUGCUUGCGGCUAUGGUGGUGCUGGUUGUGGAGGCCCUGGUGGUGCUGGAGGUCCUGGUGGCGUUGGUGGUUAUGCUUGCGGCUAUGGUGCUGCUGGUUGUGCUGCCGGCUAUGGUGCUGAUGGAACUUUAUAUCCUUCUGGAAAACCAACUGGUGCUUCCAGCAUCGCUCCCCUUGGACAUCCCCGCUCUUAUGUUCCACUUACUCCAAUCUGUUUGUUUUCCAGUUUGCUGCCAUCAGAGGGAAUCGACGCAGGUGGAGAAGUUGGAGGCGAUCUCACAUCUUCACAAUUGAGGGUCCGACGUCACUAUGUUGGUCCUGGAAGUUACGGGGGCAAUGGUGACUAUGGCGCAGGAGGUUAUGGAGGCCAUGGAGCUGGCGAGACAUUCAAAAAGUUGAGCAGCUUAACUUACUGCACUGUCAUACGACUCAUCCUGUGUUUCACCCAAGCUUCUUCCGCCUGUUUUAGAGUCGCGCCAAAUAUCGCUCAGCUAGUUUAUCCAACGUUCCCACCGAUGGUAGCAUCAAGAGGACUAGAUGCAGAUGAAGGCGGCGGAAAAACUGGCGGUACUGCUCUAUUACACCUCACAUCUUCACACCCCAGAAUCCGUCGUGACUAUGGAGGUGCUGGCGAUUAUAAAAACUAUGGCGGCUAUGCUGGUGGUACUGUUUCAUACCUCACAUCUCCUAACUCCAGAGCCCGUCGUGACUAUGGAGGCGCUGGCGAUUAUAGAGACUAUGGCGGCUAUGCUGGUGGAGAUGAUGCAGCCCUCACACCUCCAAACUCCAGAGUCCGUCGUGACUAUGGAGGUAGAGGCGCUGGCAAUUUUAGAGACUAUGGCGGCUAUGCUAAUUCCGAUGGGGCAUACCUUGCACCUCCAAACUCCAGAGUCCGUCGUAACUAUGGCAGUAGAGACGCUGGCGAUUAUAGAGACUAUGGCGGCUAUGCUAUUGACGAUGGUGCAUACCUCGCACCUCUAAACUCCGGAAUCCGUCGUGACUAUGGCGGUGGACACGCUGGCGAUUAUAGGGACUAUGGUAACUAUGCUGGUGGCGAUGGUGCAUACUUUGCAUCUUCAAACUCUAGAGUUCGUCGUGCCUAUGGCGGUGGAGACGCUGGCGAUUAUAGAGACUAUGGCGGCUAUGAUGGUGGUGAUGGUGCAUACCUCUCAUCAUCAAACUCCAGAGUCCGUCGUAACUAUGGCGAUGCUGGCGAUUAUGGAGACUAUGGCGGCUAUGCUAUUGACGAUAGUGCAUACCUCGCCCCUCCAAACCUUAGAGUUCGUCGUGACUAUGGCGGUGAACAAGCUGGUGAUUAUAGGGACUAUGGUAACUAUGCUGAUGCAUACCUUGCAUCUUCAAACUCCAGAGUUCGUCGUGACUAUGGCGGUGGACACGCUGGCGAUUAUAGAGACUAUGGUAACUAUGCUGGAGGCGAUGGUGCAUACCUUGCAUCUUCAAACUCCAGAGUCCGUCGUAACUAUGGCGAUGCUGGCGAUUAUGGAGCUGCUGGUGGUGAAAGUGCUGGUGCAUCUUCGCACUCCAGGGUCCGCCGUGACUGGAAUGAUCCUGGUGGUUACGGCGCUUGCGGCUAUGGUGCUGCUUAUUGCGGAAGCCCUGGUGGUGCCGGCGGUUAUGGUGAAUACGCUGGUGGUGCUGCAG